CCGGCGGAAGGUAGCAGUUGCAACUCCGGAGAGCCGGAAGGCGCUGACAGAGCAGAGGGAUCUGGGGGCGGCCAUCGCGCUGUGAUUGUUGGUGGUUCCCAGAGGCCGAGGCCAGGAAUCGUAUUCUCUGCCGUCAGACCCUUUAAAAUCUGGAUAUGUCCUUCAUAUUUGACUGGAUUUACAGUGGUUUCAGCAGUGUGCUACAGUUUUUAGGACUGUACAAGAAAUCUGGUAAAUUAGUAUUUCUUGGAUUGGACAAUGCUGGAAAAACAACACUACUACACAUGUUAAAAGAUGACAGACUUGGACAACAUGUACCUACAUUACAUCCCACAUCUGAAGAAUUGACCAUUGCUGGUAUGACUUUUACAACUUUUGAUCUGGGUGGACAUGCUCAAGCUCGAAGAGUAUGGAAAAACUAUCUGCCUGCUAUAAAUGGCAUUGUUUUUCUGGUGGACUGUGCUGACCAUGAACGACUAUUAGAAUCAAAAGAAGAACUUGAUUCCCUUAUGACAGAUGAAACAAUAGCUAAUGUGCCUAUCCUAAUUCUUGGAAACAAGAUCGACAGACCUGAAGCCAUUAGUGAAGAGAGGUUACGAGAGAUGUUUGGUCUGUAUGGUCAAACAACAGGAAAGGGAAGUGUUUCAAUGAAAGAGUUAAAUGCCAGACCUUUAGAAGUCUUCAUGUGCAGUGUACUAAAGCGACAAGGCUAUGGUGAAGGCUUUCGUUGGGUGGCACAGUACAUCGAUUAAUGCCAAAUCCACAUAUAUCUAUGUCUGAAUAUUAAGUCUGCUCAGUUAUUUGAUCACUCAGCAUACAUAACUUGAAUUCAAUAGACUUUUGUUGGUUAUAAAGGAUAAGUUUUUUAGAUCAUUAAUAUUAUAUCAACUAUUAAUUGUGAGUUGAGUGUAAGGAUUGAACUGAUUUCAGGCAAGUUUGGAUAUCACAUUGUUAGCUUUCUAAUCCUAUAAAAUAAUUUAUGUUCUUUUACAAUUUAUAAUUUGACAUUUGCACCCAACACCAUUUUUGGACAGAGUGACUUUCCAGUCCAAUAUGUUUGAAUGCACUUUUUAACAGCUAAAAACUACAGAUAUGUGAAUGGUAUUUAAUGCUCAUCAUGUUAAAUUUUUUAUGUACUUUUUUGGAACUGGUUUUAUAAAUUUAAACUAUAUAACCACCUGUCUUUAAGGUACAAUUAAUAAUUAGCUUAUUAAUUGCAUGAUGCCUUACAGUUUUUAAUAAUAUUCUUAUGCAACGUCAUGCAAUAAAACAAAAUCUAAUUUUUGGCGUAUUUGAUCGGAAAAUGUUUCAUUUUAAUGUGUCUUAGUGAGGAUGUUCUCUGAAAAUAUAAGUGCGUGAUAUUUAAUGGACCAGAGAAGAUUGUUUCAGCAUACUGAUAGUAUAAAUGUUGAAAUUCCAGUGGGCUUUUGAAUUCAUCUAGGAGGACUUUUGUGGCAGAAUGCUUCUUUCACCACUUUCUUCCCUUUGAACUCUUUGCAUAUUCUUCAGUCAUUAGUGCCAAGAGAAUCCAUUUUCAAGUAAUAAAAUAGUUCAGACUCCUGAAGGAAGAGAACUUCCUUUGCUUAUCACAUACUCAUUCCUUAGUUUAUUAGACUCAUAGCUCUGUCACAGUUGUUUGAUUCUGAAGUACUUUUUACUAUGUUGGUGCUGAUCUGAGGAACAUGUCCUUAUUGUAAGAAAAAUGUCACCAAUUUUUUAUAUAUGACAGGAUGCCCAAGUCCAGUUAGAGGCAGUCUCCUAUGUGCACUUUUAGCUUGGUGGACUACUUGUUUGUCUUAGUUAAGAAAAGCAGCUUGAUAUUUAAGUUUUAUCAUCAAAACAUUUUAUUUAGUGUUUUUUUGCUUCUUGUCCCAUACUUCAUGAUGUUGAAGGAUGAUGACUUCUUGCUAUAGAAGAAACUGAGCACCUUCCUCAUCUUCUUACUCUUGUUUUGAGCUUUUUUUUUUUUAAAGCACCCAAGUUUUCAUCUGCAUGUGUAAUGUUUGUUAUUCUCUAGUCACUCUACAAGCCUUAGUGAUGAUUACAAAUAACAUCUGAUAAGAACUUGGUAACUUUGUUAAGAUUAUUUUUCCACUUUCUGGCAUUCCCCUCAUUAGUACAGUAAGACACAAGAGUGAAUAAAUAAUUCUAUAUACUGCAAGAGAAUUUUAAAGCAUAUGAUUUUAUACCUUAUUAUACAAAGAUCUUAUUUAUCAGAGUUCAACUCUGGUAUAAUUGAAAUUAAAUGUUUUCUUAAACACACCUUUAAUGGCAUAAUCCUGAGAGAAGCCUCAUAGUUCUAAAGUAGAUAAUGUGACCUUUAUUCCAGAUAAACAUACAACAGUGCUUGCUAGUGAAAUGUUAGAUAAUUUUUACACUGGGGAAUCUAACUUUGUGGAAUCAUUUGUUAUGCUGAAGUUGGAUUUUAGACAUUUAAGAAUGCCAAAUUUUAUAUUCAGUUCCUUUCCAAGUAAAACUCAGAGGGCUGUUUCCUAUGUAACUGAUAACCCAUCAGUAAUCAGCUACAUUUCUAACUUGCUAGGACAUUAUAUUAGAUAUUAUAGAAGGAGGUUGCCUCUAAGGUGCUAACUGAAUCUGAACAAGGCAUCAGUGAUUAAAAUUAACUUUCUUUUGCUGAUGGCAUCUCAGAUACAUUGAGGACAUAUCUUCAUUCUUUUCUUUUGAUAUCAGCAUAGUUUAAAAAGAAGUUAAUCACUGACACUGUAAAUAGGGAAAAAAGUUGUUUCUUUAUGUUAAAUAGUCUGUUUAAGUCUUGGAGUGCUCUUAUUAUAGAGCUGACACAUGGUAGAAAAGAAGUAGACAGGUUCACUUUAUGAAAAUGUACAUGUAAGCCAUGUGAGCCUUUUGCCUAGUGUUGGGGGAUUCUUGUGACCUAAGCCUGUGGAAAUGAAGCUGGGUGAAACAAUGACGACUGAAAUUUCCUUUUCCUCCCAGAAAACAUUAAAACCUUUUCCUGGCUGAUCCAUGAGGCAGCUUUGAGAGGGCCCCCUUAGUAGCUACUCGUGUUGUUAUAUCCAUUAUUAUAUAAGCAAAUUAAGGUAGCAGAAAGGAAGAGCAGAAGAGUAUGUGCGAGUAUUCAUGUGACAUUUGGGGAUAAAUAUUAGUGUAUUGCACAUAUGCAAAUUUUUCAUGCUGUACAAUGCUAGUUUAAAAUGUGGCUGUGAUUCUCUUGAAUCCAUGAAAAUUGGAUGCAGACUAAUGAGGCAACAUUCAGAAAAUCUAAGCUAAUAUUGAAAAGUAAUAUGUAUAAAAAAUUCAAGUCUAAAAGCUGUACUUAUAAAAUGUUUCAGAUUGACAUUCUUAGCAUACUCCCUCACAUCUCACUGACUGCUAUUAAAUUUAUUUUGAGAUUUAAGCUGGCUAGGAUGACAGACCCAGUUUCAUAUUUGAACUCACCUGCUUAAUUUUUUUAGGUGGAAUAGAUUAUAGAAUAUUAGAAAUUUAGAUAUACAGACAUUUCCUAAAACAUGGAAGAAUUUUCCCUUCCAUCUAAUCUCUAUUAGUUUACUUGAAAAACCAGUAUUGUCUUAUGUGUGCCAAAGAUUUUUUUAAGAAGUAUAUUUCCAAAUAUACCUAUGUAAAUCUAAGUUUUAGGGUUAUUUUGCACACAUGGAGGCACUGCCAUUUACAAAAUAUACCAUUGUAAUUAUGAGUAGGAUCUCGUAUUCUUAUUUUUGAACUCACUUCACUGCAGGUUCCACAGUUGAAUUUGCAAGUAGGUGAAUAAGGUGAAUUGUAAUAACUUCCUUAACUUUUGCAAAAUAAAUUCACUGCUCAUACUUAAAAUUCGGCAUUUUUACAAUUUUAAGAAUUAACUACCAGUGAAACAUCUAGCAAUAUUUAUAGAGUAUUUUGAUUUCAGAGUUUUAGGGUAAAUGUUUACAUUUUCUGAAUUCUUGCUAUUUGGUAUAUUAUUGGUAGACAUUUCAUUCCUGUUAAGUCACGGGAUUAAAUUGACAUGACUGUACUCCCAAGGAAAUGGACAAAAGUGCAUUUGGAAAGUAUACUUGAAGGAAAGGAAAAACUUCACCUCUCACAUGCUUUGUUUCCAUUUUUAUUAAGAAUGUACUAAUUUUACUAAGAAUUUGUUCUGCCCUUUUUACUUCUGGAAGUGGUGGACAUGUAAAAAGUUUAAGUGAAAUUUCAAAUCAGCUUCAUGGUGACGAAAAAAGUUUUAUAGUUAAGUAUGGUACAGAUACAAAAUAGUUAAAAAAUAUUAAUGGGGCAUUAAAUGUAACUUGGAAUAAAACAAAAUUAGAUAGUAUAAGUUUGAAUUAAUGAGACUUGACUAUAAAUCCAAGAGAUUGGAAUUUUAAGCCAUAUAGUAAGCUGAAUUCUCAAAGACACAUGUAUGUACCCAGUUAUUUACAUUAAUGCCUUCACUUUAGAGAUGCAAAUGGAUGCCUUUAAGACUGAGAUGGGCUCUUUGAAAAGUUGGUCAUGUCAUUCCUAUAAAGUAUUUAGGAGUUUGCUAGAAAUGUUAAAAUAUCUUCCCUUUAUCAUCUACCCUUCUUUGCCCCACCUCUAUCCCCUUCAAAAAUGUUAUGGAAAAUAUUAGGGUUUACACUAGAAUGCAGUGCCAUGAUCAUGGUGUUUGAAUUCUAAAUGUGCCCUUAGCUUCUGCUUAUUAUUGUCCUUUUAAAUUAGUACCUUUAUGUUCUAAAAUAUGAUUGUACUGACAUCUUGUUUAGUAGUACUAUUUGAAACAUCCUGACUAUCACACGGUAUCUUAAAAUUAUUUGGGGUGUUAGCUAAUUUUUCCAAAAACAAAAAAUAAAACAAAGCAUUCUUCCAUCUCUUCAGAAAAACCACCUACCAUAUUGAAUUUAGAGGAGAAAUAGAAAGAUCUUUUAGGUGGUUUUGUCAAAUGUUAUUUCUAGAAAGAACAUUUGAGUGGAUAGACUUUUUAAGGCAUGUGUUUAAAAUAAUUUUUUUCAACAUUUGUGGAUAUAGCUGGGUGAUAUUUAUACUAAUUUUGAACGUAAAAGCCACUUUAAAAUGAACUCUUAAUUCCUAGAACUUCAUACUUGGUUACUUUGCUGUAACAACUCAACCAAUACACACCAGAUCUAUGUACAUGUGGCUGAGUUUGUUUUAAGGCUAGAAAGUAUUCUUGUUUAGAAAUAGGACAUUAACAGAUACCUAGAGUGGGAAACCAAUGAUUUGUUAAUCACUAACCUCUUUUGCACUUUUGUAUACCACUGCUUGCACUAGUAUCUCAGUGUGGAAUUUUAACGCUAUCAUUUUGGAAUGUGAAUAAAUGUUUUAAACAUAAUUUAUAUAAAGAAUUUAUUUCUUUGUUUACUUUUAUGUAUUUUGCAGAAGUGUAGCAAACAGAUGGUCAAAUGUUUUUGAACUUUGUUGUGUUAUUUUGAUUAUUCUGUUCUGUUAUCUCAUUGCACACUAUGAAUUUGAGUGCCAGGAAUAGCAAAAUAAAACUCUAACCUGGACAAUGAA